UUAGACAGCAUUGAGAAAGACUUAUCCAUGGAGGGGUCACACCACGGCACCAGUUGGCCGAUAUUCUCAGAAAUCAAUGCACUCAGGACUGCAAUCGAAGCAGACCUGAUGGCUGCGGUGCCGACGGACCCGAACCACCUGGUACCUGCGUUCUGGGACUCUCCGUUGAGCCACGGCAUCAACGUGUUCGUAGGGCUCGUCCUGUGCCUCACCAUGCUGGGCCUGGGCUGCACGGUGGACGUGAGUCAGCUCGGGGAGCAGAUCAGGAGACCAAUCGGAGUUCUGCUCGCGCUGGUGUGCCAGUUCGUUAUCAUGCCCUUGGUGGCUUUCCUCUUGGCCCUGGCCUUUUCCCUGGACGACGUGGCGGCCAUGGCCGUGCUGCUCUGUGGCUGCUGCCCGGGGGGCAACCUGUCCAACAUCAUGUCGCUCCUGGUCAACGGAGAGAUGAACCUCAGCAUCAUCAUGACCAUUUCGUCCACAUUGCUCGCCCUGGUGCUCAUGCCGCUGUGUCUGUGGAUCUACAGCCGCGCGUGGAUCAACACGCCCGUUGUCAACCUGAUGCCCUUCGGGGCGAUCAUCCUCACGCUCUUCAGCACUCUGGUCCCUAUCGGCCUAGGGGUCGCGCUGCGCUACCGCUACACGCGGAUAGCCGACAUCGUGUUGAAGCUGUCUUUAUGGUCGCUGCUGGUCACGCUCAUCCUGCUCUUCAUCCUAACGGGCGCCAUGUUGGGCCCUGAGCUGCUUUCCACCAUACCACCCUCCGUGUAUGUGGUGGCGGUGCUCAUGCCCAUGUGCGGCUACGCGGCGGGAUACGGCCUCGCGACGCUGUUCGGCCUGCCACCCAACUGCCGGAGGUCUGUUUCCAUGGAGACGGGGUGCCAGAACGUGCAGCUGUGCACAGCCAUCCUAAAGUUGGCCUUCCCGCCUCACCUUAUGGGGGGCAUGUAUAUGUUCCCGCUACUCUACGCUCUCUUCCAGGCGGCCGAGGCAGGAAUUUUCAUCCUUGGGUAUAAAAUGUACCGGAAGGAGGUUCUACAUAAACCGGACCCCGUGGCGGGAGGCGGCGGUGACGGAACGAACAUAACGUACCAAAGGUUUGAAGACGACGAGGAAGACUGCUUUAACGCCUCGUACGGCACGGUGACGUCGAGUGACCCCAACACUAUCCGGCUGGAGGGGUGCAUUGACGCCACCCCGGUGUGAGGUUCUGAGACCAAAACCCAACGUCCACCUCCUCAUCCAUCGUGUCCAUAGAGAGGUCAAGGCUAUGCAAGAGAGACCGAUGACGGGCGUGCGCAGUAUACCGAGACUCGCGUGAGAUGUGUGUGUGUGUGUGUUUGUGUGUCAUAACAUAAGCUAUUUAAACGGAAAAAUUGCCAAAUAUGUGCAACAUUCAAUGCAAAGAUGUCCAUAAGAAUAUAUAGAAGAGUUUUCUUCUGCGAAGUGUCAUCUUUAUCUCU